AUGGAUCAGAUUGAAGAUCCGGUUAGUCAAGCUUAUCUUAUGCGCAGGAAUAAUUCCGGUGAGUUUUGGCAUGGUUAAUAUAGGUUUUCACAUCAAAUUUGGGUAAUUUCUGAUGCUUUGUAUAAUAUUACAAAAAUUACUUUGAUGCGUUUUUAUUUGUGUAGUCGUAAAACCAGUUUUUUAUUCUAUUCAUGUCUGGCUCGGCGACAAUAAAGUAUUAGUUCAGGAUUUCUUUAUUAUAUUUUAACGUUUCUGCUAAUUAUUACUUUAACUUUUUGGUUUGAAGGGUUAUUUUUCAAUUAUAAUGUCAAGAAUUUAAUAAUUUUAAAUAAAUUUUAUUUAAAGGAUAAAAAUGUUUUUUAAAUUUUAAUUUCAUUGAAUAUUGUUCUAGUUUCAGGGGUAGAUAACCUCGCAUUUUCCAACUUUGAUCUCCGGUGCAGCAUCUCAUGUCCGUCAACUUCACGAUAUCUCAAUAACACCGAAACCGGCUCCAACGAGUGCUUCACCGUUUGGGAUCCAGUGUUUCUUCGUCAAGAAUGGACUGUAAGUGCAACAUUACCUUGAUUAUUCUGUCUUUAGAUUAACAACAUUAAAGCCGCCUUGGAACUGACCACUCCGGGGAUAUGCAUGAGAAGUCGCGCUUUCAAAGACGAAUCCAUGCCCGACAUCAGCUGGCAGUUGUGUUUGUAUCCAGGAGGAAAGCGGGAGGAGAACAAGAACAAUGUCUCCCUCUUCCUCAAGAUGUCUACUAGUCAUGCGACGAAGGAAUUCACUGUACGAGCAGAGUAUUGCUUCUACUUCAUGGAUGACACCAACAAGUCCAAGUUCAGCAAUGUAAAUACCGGUGACUUCAAGGUCAAACCAACCAAAGGAUCUCAUUCUUGGGGCUUGAGGAAUAUCCCCAGGCAGAAGGUGUUGAACAGUGUCAGAGCUGACGAUUCCCUUCAUAUUGUCUGUGAAAUCCAAACUGUUCCUGACUUUAAUCGAGUACCUUCAAUCGUUUACAAAAAAGAAUCGGUCAUCAAUCAGAAUCAGGUAAGAAAUGUUUAACUUAUAUUAACAUUGUUUGUAUUAUUUUGCAAAGAAUAGGUAAUAACUAUUACUUUUAUCUUUGAUUUCAGUUGAUGCGUGACUUUAUCGGUCGCUUCCACGACAUGUACGAGACAGGCGAUGGGACGGACUUUGUCAUCGAAUGUGGAGACAAAACGUUUAACGUGCACAAAUUCGUGUUAAUGACCCAUUCCGAUGUCCUCAGGGCCAUGUUCAAGCAUUCGCUGGAAGAAACCAAGAACGGUCGAAUGAAAAUGUCGGAUUGUUGUCCAGAUGCCGUCGCUCAGAUGCUCUACUACAUGUAUUCCGGAUCUCUACCUCAAGAGUUUGAGUAUGAACACGCAUCGCCGUUGAUGCAAAUCGCCGACAAAUAUGCGUUGGAGCCGCUGAAGUUGUUGUGCCAAGAGAAACUCAUUCAAAGGUGGGGUUUUGAGUGUUUUAGUAAUAAGAAGUGUUGGUCAUGUUGUCAAUUUAUGAGUCAUGAAUAUUAAUAAUAUGUAUUGUAAGCUUUUUGUAUAUUAUUUUACCUUUUUUCAGGUUUAAUAAAAGGUUCUUUAUGAGUAGUUUACUGUUGUCUUUUGAAAAGUACUAUACACUGUGAUUAUAAGUUAAUAGAAGGACCCACUAGUGCCAAACAACUUAAUUUUACUAGUCUUUAGGCUUAUUCUUAUUAGUUUUUUGAAUUUUCAGACUAAACGCAGCUAAUGUGAUUCAAAUGCUGGUAAUGGCGGACUAUCAAAACGCCACCGUUUUGUUGGAUGCUUGCAUUCCCGUGGUAAGUUAGAGAUAUUUUAUUGUUUCGCGCAGUAAAUCUGAUUACGGAAAUCGUAUUUUGGGUUUUAUUGGCUCGUAAAUGGGGAUUUUUGUAAUUGGUCGAUAUAUAGUUUAAUAUAGUAACGUUUUAUAUUAAUAUACUUAAAAAAAAUUUUUUUUGGGUAUUAAUGUUGGUGGAAGUAAUAAUUAUUAUUUAUUUUUUGCGGUUUUUAAGCUAAAAAGCCACGAGACUUGAAAAUGCAAAAAAUUCACUACCUACAAUCAUGUAACACAAUUUUUAAAUUUGAAAAUCAACUUUUUAAAAAAAUUUUAAUUAAGAACUUUGUUAAACAAUUAGACCCCUCUAACUGACAAUUUAUACCUACAUUACUUACCAAUCGCAUUCCAGAUCAAAGCAAACAGCCGUCGCAUAAUCUCUAGUGCAGAGUGGGAACACCUGAAGGCCACGAACCAGAAGCUAGUCAACUCGGUGUUAGAGAAGAUCGUAGUCCAGGACGACUCCCCACCCCAGAAGCGUCUCCGCCUCACACAUUCCCAACAGAUGCCACGUUAG